GGGGAGGGGGGUAAAGCUGCAUUCGCACCCCUUCCCCUUUUUAGCCUUCUCUGCCCCGACAACCCCUCGUUUUCAUCGCAUUCGGGGGGCCUAGGAUCAGUCGCCUUCCUGCCAGCAACCUGCCUGCAGCGCGCUGCCGUGCACCGGGGAUCUGCUGCAACUGCAUCGCGGGUGGUCUCUCCCAGCCCCUCGGUCUCUGCUCCCAGCGCGCUUCGGUCCGUGGAGGGACCUUAGCACCCCGUAACCCAGCUUCUCUGUAGUCCUCCACCCGGGCGGGACUCGAUCCUGCUGCCAAGAUGGUCAUCCGGAAAGAGAAGAAGAGCUGCGGGCAGGUGGUUGAGGAGUGGAAGGAGUUCGUGUGGAACCCCAGGACGCACCAGUUCAUGGGCCGAACCGGGACCAGCUGGGCCUUCAUCCUCCUCUUUUACCUUGUCUUCUAUGGCUUCCUCACGGCCAUGUUCACCCUCACCAUGUGGGUGAUGCUGCAGACUGUCUCAGAUCAUACCCCGAAGUACCAGGACCGAUUGGUCACCCCAGGCUUGAUGAUUCGUCCCAAGACGGAGAACCUUGACGUGAUCGUGAACGUCAGUGACACUGAAAGCUGGAAUCAGCAUGUUCAGAAGCUCAACAAAUUCUUGGAGCCUUACAACGACUCCCUCCAAGCCCAAAAGAAUGAUGUUUGCCGCCCUGGGCGCUAUUAUGAACAGCCAGAUAACGGGGUUCUCAACUAUCCGAAACGUGCCUGCCAAUUCAACCGCACCCAAUUGGGUGACUGCUCUGGCAUCGGGGACCCCACCCACUAUGGUUACAGCACCGGGCAGCCCUGUGUCUUCAUCAAGAUGAACCGGGUCAUCAACUUCUAUGCAGGAAAAAACCAGAGCAUGAAUGUUACCUGUGCAGGAAAGAGAGAUGAAGAUGCUGAGAAUCUCGGCCAUUUUGUCAUGUUCCCUGCCAAUGGCAACAUUGACCUCAUGUACUUUCCCUACUAUGGCAAAAAGUUUCACGUGAACUACACACAGCCUCUCGUGGCUGUGAAGUUCCUGAACGUGACCCCCAAUGUGGAGGUGAACGUAGAAUGCCGCAUCAACGCUGUCAACAUCGCCACGGAUGAUGAACGAGACAAGUUUGCUGGCCGUGUUGCCUUCAAACUCCGCAUCAACAAAACCUGAGGCCCCUUCUUCCCACCCCCACUUCUUUCCUAUGGAUGCUUCUGGAAUGUCCCUGACCUUGCCUGAUCCCUCCCUCACCCACCCCAAAGGUAUUUUUUAUAACAGAGCUAUGACUUGUCAGAGUCUCACACCCUCCUUUACUUCUGAAUCUAGCCUGAUGUCCUUGGCAAUUCCCUGGCUACACACAUUUCCCACCACCUUCUCCCAACCCUGGCUCAGUCAUAUAGGGAGAUGGGAUGCUAAGGGAGUCGCCGAAGGAGUCCGGAGCCUUUUUCCUUAUAGUUUAGCUGUGAGUCAGUUGUCUCCACAAUUUCCCCCCUUUUCUGCCCUCUAAUGCCCUGAGAACUAUUUGAAAAUGCUUCCCAUCUGCCUUUACUGUCCCCAGUCCAUGUCCACACACACUCACAUAUACAUGCUUCCCACUCAUGCACCCUCUUGCCAUCCUCACGCACAAUAUGUACGCAUAUGACAUACGCACAGAUAUAUGGCAAUCCAGCUCUUUCAUCCCACAGCUCAGCCUCUGGGCCUUCCUUGUCUCCCGCUUUCCCUGACAGCUCAUGUCUGCCCAACAGCUUCUGGCUCCCAAGGCAGAACUUUGUCCACCUCCCCUUUCUCCAUUCCCUCCCGAGGCUGUCUGUGAGGAGAGGCUGGCUCUGUGGUCUUGCCCUGCUUCUUAGCGCCUCACACUCCCUGUGGUGAUUGCAUGAGCUGGGAAUGAGGGUAGGUGGGGGAAAAGAAGUCCUUGUUGAUUCUUGAAAAUUCUUUUCCUGGUUCCUCCUAUCACUCAAGUGGGCACUUCUCAGAGGGGUGGGGUUGACCUAGGCUGAAUAUUCACUUUGUUUUGCCAGGGCUCCCUUCCCCCUGCUCCAUUUCCCAGAAUAUCCUUCAAGAACCACUUCCCAGGGAGCCUGGGGGAGGGGCAGCUGUUUUGGCUGGGUCCCCAGUGGCCACCUUGGAAACGUCAACUGGCUAUGGGACGAUUCCGCCUCCUCCUCCUGGGUCCAGCUCUGCCUCCGCUGUUGUCUUUCUGGCUGCCUGUAGCAUGUUAUCAGCUGAUGGGUAUCUCUUACCUUCCCUCUGCAUGCCACCCUGAACGUGGUAAAUCCUCCCCUCCCUCUAGUCUCCAAAUUUUCUUGGCUACUCUCUCUCAGACUCCUUUGCGUUUUUAAACCACCUCCUAGUGUCCAUAGAUUGUUACUUGAGGCGUCUCCUGUGUUCUGAAGUUAGAGGUAUUUUAGUUCUUUUUCUACCUUUGGCUCUUUUCUACUUCUCUCCUCCUUUACUCCUUACUGCUAAUCUCCCCUUUCUUUUCUGAUGCUGCAGCCCCUCACCCCACCCACAGAUGGACUCAUUCCUCUAUUUCUCUUGCUGGAGUUGUUUCUUGCCUUGGGAACUCCCUGCUUUCCUAUGCUCCCUCGCCCCAGUGGUCUCUCUCUGCAGUUAUUUAAUGCCUGUGUCAGAUCUACUGUAAAAAGAGGAUAAAGUACAAUAAAUCGAGAGCAAUUAUAUAUAUGUAUACAUACAUAUAUAUAUAUAAAAUAUAUAUCACACAUGGA